AUGUUGGCAUCGCGUCUUGUCCGAUCCGGCACCGCUUCUUCUCUCUUUCGCCCAUUCACCACCUCAUGUACCCGUCUACGGGCCCCCUCUAUCAGAGACAUUACCCCAGACGAUGCUUCAGCGUUCAACACCCGUCAGAAGGAGUUCCGUGAUAAUUUAGAAGCUGCUCGGAAAAGAAAAGCAGAGCAAGACAGUCAGUCGCUUGAUGCUUCUGUCCCUGUUUCUCGUCAUUCUCGUUCUGCCCCAUCCCUUUCCUCUGAAGCUGUGUCAUCAUCUCCCACUGCUCCAGAUGCGAGCAAUGCGAAUGGAUCUGCCUCUGUCGUUGAUGCUGCAUCUUCGCUGGAUGGCCAGGCACUAGGCUCACUGUCCACUCACCGCAUUGUAGGAGACCGGCAACAGUCAGAGAGCAACACCAACGCUGGACGUGGCCGUCUAUCCAGUCUCAUCUACGGCACCAAGGAAGGCCAGCAGCUAGACAAGGAUAUCGAACGGUCCUUCUCCGAGGUCUUGGCGCGAGGAAAGUACGUCCAUUCAAUCGUCUUCCACGAGGUUAAGCCCGAUAAGGUCGACGAGUAUGUCGGUCUAGUCGGAGACUGGUACCCCAAGAUGGCCGGCAUGGAAGACAACAAGGUCAACCUCGUUGGCAGCUGGCGGACACAAGUUGGAGACAACGAUACCUUCAUUCACAUCUGGGAGUACCAGCGAUACACGGGCUACCACGCCUCCCUCCACGAGAUCGGGCAACAACCCGGCUUCGUCGAGUUUGACCGCAAGCUUAAGUCUCUAAUCAAGAGCAAGAGCACCUCGUUGAUGCAGGAAUUCUCCUUCUGGCCAACCACACCUCCACGUCGCCUGGGCGGCGUCUUCGAGCUCCGAUCUUACACCCUACACCCAGGGAACCUCCUAGAGUGGGAGAGCCACUGGAGACGCGGCCUUGCUGCCAGACGCCAGAUCAUGGAGGGAGUUGGUGCAUGGUUCGUGCAGAUCGGCGACCUCAACACCGUUCACCAUCUGUGGCAAUUCGCAGAUCUGGAGGAGCGAAAGAAGCGACGUGAGCAGUCGUGGGAGCUUGAAGGGUGGGCCGAUACAGUGCACAAGACCGUUCCCUUGAUUCAGUCAAUGAAGAGCAGGAUCCUGAUUCCCAUGCCAUGGAGCCCGGUCGGUUAA